GUCCCUGACACAACCUGCAGAUGGUCAGGGUCUUCCUCUUCUUCCUGAGUCCUUGGGAAACUCCACCUCUGGAGAGUGCCUCCUGCUAGAAGCUGAAGGGAUGUCAAAGUCUUACUGUAGUGGGACAGAACGGACAGAAGCAAACCCAGCUCACUUUCCUGGGACAGUUGAGUUAGGGAAUGGCUUUUGCAAUGCAUUCACCGCUGACCUCUCACCGCCGGGACCUCUGUAGCCGCUCUAUCUGGCUAGCAAGGAAGAUUGGUUCAGACCUGACUGCUCUUAUGGAAUCUUACAUGAAGCAUCAGGGCCUGAACGAGAAUAUAAACCUGGACUCCGUGGAUGGAGUGCCAGCAGCCAGCACAGAUCGGUGGGGCGAGCUGAGUGAGGCAGAGCGGCUCCAAGAGAGUCUCCAAGCUUACCGCACCUUCCAUGUCAUGUUGGCCAGGCUUUUAGAAGACCAGCGGGUGCACUUUACUCCAGCUGAAGGCGACUUCCAUCAAGCAAUACGUACGCUUCUACUCCAAGUUGCUGCCUUUUCUUACCAGAUGGAGGAAUUAAUGGUGCUCCUGGAACACAAGAUCCCUCCCAGUGAGGCUGGUGGCACGCCUGUUACCGUUGGAGAUGGUGAUCUCUUUGAGAAGAAGUUGUGGGGCCUGAAGGUGCUGCAAGAGCUUUCACACUGGACAGUGAGGUCCAUCCAUGACCUUCGAGUCAUUUCUUGUCCUCAGACUGGGAUCCCAGCACAUGGGAGCCGAUACAUUGCCGAAGACAAGAAGAUGUAGAGGUUACUCGUGACCCUCUUCUUUUCUAGUGGGAUGUGCUUUGUUCUCUGAGGCCUCAUGCUGCCAUUUCUAAGUACUGAAAACCAUUGAGACCACAGGAGUUUUCAUCAAGCAGGGUUAGAGACCUGGACAGAUAGGCAUAUGGGUUUUCAGGGGGAAUGGGGGAUGGGGUGGUGCCUGUGUGUCUGUUGGGGGGCGCUGUAAGGGACUGGGGGCAGGGGCAACAUCCUUCCACUUCAGUGCUUUAACCUUUCCUACUCACUAAGUAACCUUUACAGGCAUUGAACAGCCUCAUAGGAUAAACAUCUUUUUAACUCUAGCCGGUUGAAACUCUUGGAUAAUAAAAAAUAGUAACUAACAUUUAUUGAGUGUCUACUAUAUUGAAGCAGUAUGCCAAGGGUUUUAUGUACAAUUUUCACUACAGUGUUGAGGGAGCUGGUCUUACUCCCACUUGGCAGAUGAGAGAAAAGGCUCACAGAAAUGUACGACUUGUUCAAGGAGUUUGGGUUCAAAACACCAAGUCUGAACACAUCUUUCUCAUUCCAAAGCCUGUAUGCCCUUCGCUUUUGAGGCCCAUUUGUGAACUUCUUUCCCUGCACUUCUUUGCCACAGAGGGUUAGAAAAUGUAUCCAUGUAUUCUAUUCCCAUCACUGAAAAAGCCAACUCCCAUUUCCCAUUACAUGUCGUGAUAGGUCAACAGUGCCAGUUUAGUGUUAAACGCAGUGCUUGCUGGCAGUGCUUGGCAAAGGAUGGAACACUGGAGAUCUCAACAUUCUGUUCGGGGAAAAGAUGAGGCCCACCAGACUUACAAAUUUAGGAAGCUGGGCUGUGUACAACACAGCCUGUGUUAAAGUGCCCCCUAAUGCUCCUGAGUAUAGCAGUGGAGACAGCUUACACCAGGUUACCUCACAUUGUAAUCAUGUGCUAACCCAAGCUUCCAGGGACAUUGGGUGGAAUACUACUCAGGUUAAAAAGUCUCAGACCUUCACCACACAUUCUCUGGGCUUAGUCAUGAGGAGAGGGUGAAGCCCAUUCUGUUCCCAGUGGGAAUGCCAGCGAUUCUGAAACAAUACACAGAAAAGCCCUCUUGGUUUAUAACAAAGGAGCUGGGCUCUGCAUUUAAUGUUUUUUUAGAAACAGUAUGAAAGGCAUCAGCUAGUCAAUGUGGGCAUUAAUAGGAAAGGUCUUUGCAGUCAGACCUGUGAACUAGUAGUGUAGUGUGGAUCUCAAAGUUCUCAGGUGUAUCAUUUAUUUUACCAAUUAAUUAAAACAAGAUCUGGAUUGGUGGGUGGGGGAGAGCAAUUACUUAAUUAUUUGAGGCUUCUGUAUAUUCAUACGUGAACCAAUGGUUGGACAGCAGCUACCAUGGUUUGCGUGGGGUGGGAUGGGUGUCUUGUGUCUUCCCACAGGGGUUCAUGUUCAAAAUUCCUUGAAGUCAGUAUUAGGAGAGGACUCUGGGCUAGGCACUGUGGCAGUACAGGGGAAGGAAGGCCCUGCUCUCUAUUGUGUGUGUGUAGAAACAAGACUAUGCAUACAAGGCAUCAAUACUAGGCUGGAAUUGGAAGGCACCAGUUUGAGUGUUAAGAUAGUCUUAAGGGAAGGGGUGCAGUGAGGACCAGAAAUCACUUCCCGGAGGAUAGGGGAGUUCAGCUGUGUCUCAGAAGUUGGCUUUGUACCAAAGAGAAAUUAGGAAGAAAACGGAACAGUUGCUUGGCUAGAAGAAAGUAAAGCAAUAAUCAAAAUUUGGACCCAGCUGCCAUUAUGGUUUAUGGUUCAGUUUUACUUUAUUUAUAAUUUUGAUUUAGGUAGAUACUUCCCAGAUGAAUGCAUAGAGGCUUAUUUCAUUCAAGCUUUUCCUCAUUUAAAUUGUUUCUUUGGCUUAAGAGCAGUAUUUUUUAUUGGUAAAGUAUCUGCUAAUUAAUAUGAAGCUCUUAAAGCAUUUUAGGCUCUUGCUUACUGGGGAAUAACUGAUGACAAACUGGGUGAAUCUGAAGGAAGUGACCUCUCUCCAAGUGUUUUGUUUUUAUAUUCAGAAAAUGCGGCAGGGCAGAUGUCUGCAGAAGUUUCAGAAAUCAGUGAAGUAUGGCUUAAGCUCUGCUGAGUUGCAUAUGAAGGAAUAUUAUGUGUAAGAAACGACAUUUGAAGUGGCAGAGGGUCCAGAAAAGGUAUACGUAUCAACAGUAGAAUGGGCAGAAAGAGAAGAGAACGCCUCAACUAGGCCACAAAAGCAGCAGGUCUACUGAGUGCACCCCACUGCUAAGAGCUGGGUAUCAGUUUCUUCCAAAAUUUUGCAAUAUGCUUCAAUAGAAGUGUGGGGAAACUCCUUAGAAAAAAAUAAAGGGGGAAAUGAGCACUUAGCCAUAAUAACAAAGACUUACACAUGUGUAUAUCUGAAUGUAGAGACACUGCAUCAUGCUUAUCUGAAACGGAUGAGACAUUGAAAUAAGGGACUGACAAUAGGCCUGUGUAUGGAUACAAUACAAAUAGGGAUAAUGGUGAUACCGGAAGUAUGUCUUUUUUAAGGAUCCACAACCUAGAAGUGAUAUCUUUAUAUUUUAGUUCCCUUGUUUCUUAGAUCUAAGUAUGGAUAGGAUUUCUGGGGAAUCAUAUUUUUAUAUAUACAUAAAGUGUGUGUGUGUAUAUGAAAAGGCAGAAAUUUGGUUCCUAGUCCCUAACUCUUACUUUGUAAGAGGUUUCCUUCCAUUCACUGCCUCCAGAAAAGUCCUGUAUCUGUGGGGAGAAGGCUUCAGUUUUCCUAAGUCUGUCAAGGAGCUGCAUGUAUGAGAGUUGAUAAAUUCUUGCAUUGAUUUAAGAGGGUGGUUUGGCGGACUUGUAAAUUGGCACAAACUUAAAGACUAAGCACGGAAUAAAAUUAGCUUUAAGAUAAUCAGGUUUGAGGGACAUGAAAGUUUUAAUAAAGUGAGGUCAUAGCCCUGGCAUUGCUGUUAUUUCAGGCUGCUGUGGAUUAAAGCCCAAUGGAUGACUCAUGAUGUGCCCACUGGUCAAAUGGGAGGAUGAGUAAAUACUUCAGGAAGAUGUACCUGAAAAGGUGUUUAGAAUGACUUGGUGAAUCCUUAGCUCCUGGUGAAGUAAGUAAUACCUUCUCCCUGAAUUAAGAAGAGAGAAAUGCAGAAAGCAGAGGGGCUCCACAAGGAUGAUGAAAGGAUUCAUGAAUAGGAAAAAGAAUUUGGAUAUCACUUCAGUUGGUGCGGUGGUGGGGGGUGGGGGGUUAGGCCAGGGCAUUUAAAAAGAUUGGUUUGGCUUCCUGCCUCAUCCUGCUUCAACCAUCAGACCCAAGAAUGAACACUCUGAAUGUUGGUACAUUCAAACGGUGAAAGUGAAAAUAUUUCAUCUUUCCGAGCAAAAGCUUCUAUAGAACUCUGACCUACAACUAAAGACAGAGUAAAAAUAUAAUUUGAUCUUUUGAUAAAAUGUGUGUGGUGUAUGAGAUAAGAAAAUACAUGUGCAUGUGAUUCUGAAAAUACAUUACUUAGAUCCAUCUAUCGCUGGCAGAAAAUAAAAGAUGCAAGAAUGGCUGACAAUAAAGAUCUAGCCUCAGCAA